AUGGUGCACAGCGCCGCGUGGGUCGCGCGCGUGCCCCUGACGGCUACACGAUGUGUACGGCGUGCCGCGUUGCCCUCUGCAAGCAGUGCGUGGGCGCCGAUAUACCCCCCCGUCGUGCUUGCGCGCCGGUGGUACGCAGCGCCCAAGAGCGACGUCGACCGGAUGCAGGACAUGCCGUCCGCCCCUGCGUUCUUCGCGACGAACGCGGCGGAGCCUACGCAUAGAGCGACGGUCGCCAAGGAAGUCACGGAAAAGUACCGCCCUGCGACGGACGAUCCCCUGUGUGUGCAGGUCGUGCAGAACGACGCGGUGCCCUCGACGCUCGUCGGCGCGCCGCCGCCCGGGUUUGCGCCGCAGAAGCCGAGCACCAUCGCGCGCACGGUGCGUGUGUACCGCCAGCUCGCCAAGUCGCGCCUCACCUUUUUGGUGGUGCUGUCUGGGAUGAUGGGCUACGCACUUUGCCCUGCGGCGUACGCCACGACCACGGCCCUGCCGGCCGUCGUGCGCCUCCUUGCGCUCGCCGGCGGCAUGACGCUGUGCUCGACGAGCGCCAAUACGCUGAACCAGAUCAUCGAGGCGCCGUACGAUGCGCAGAUGGCACGCACAAAGGCGCGGCCCCUCCCCCGCCGCGCCAUUACACCCGCGCACGCUUUUGGCCUGGCGGCCGUCAGCGCGACGGCCGGCGUGUCGAUCCUCGCCGCGCUCAUCAACCCCCUGACGGCGGCGCUGGGUGCGGCCAACAUUGUGCUGUACUCGUUUAUCUACACGCCGAUGAAGCGCCUGAGCAUUGCGAAUACGUGGGUCGGCGCGCUGGUCGGCGCGCUGCCGCCGCUGAUGGGCUGGGCGUCGUGCACCGGCACGCUCGACCAGCCGACGGACGCCGCCGCGUGGGUGCUCGCCGGCAUCCUCUUUGCGUGGCAAUUUCCCCACUUUAACGCACUCUCACACGUCACCGGCAACGAGUAUGCCCGCGGCGGCUACCGCAUGAUGGCCGUGACGAAUCCCGCACUGAACCGCCGCGUGGCGAUGCGGUACGCGCUCGCGCUGAUUCCGCUAUGCUCGGUGGCGCUGCCCCUCACGCAGACGGUGCAGCCGAUGUGGUACGCGCUCCUGUCGCUCGUGCCGAACCUCACCAUGCUCUACUACACCUUCCGCUUCUGGCGCUGGCCGAGCGAAAAGACGGCGCGCGCGUGUUUCUGGUUUAGCCUGUUUCACCUGCCCGCCGUGAUGCUCCUGGCGAUGGCCUGCAAGAAGGACCUAUGGACGAAGGAGAAAACGGAGCCUGUACAGUAG